AUGCUAUUAAUUUUCAGAAGAAUCUUUGGCUUAGAGAAUUGCUGCCCUCACAUGUUUAUUGAAGUCUCAAAAGCUAUCUUGAAAAAGUGUGGAGGCCUACCAUUGGCAAUUAUCAGUAUAUCUGGUUUACUAGCAAACAGACCACGUGUCAAAGAAGAGUGGGAGAAGGUAAAAAGAUCCAUUGGUUUUGACUUGAACAGAAACCAGAGUCUAGAAGGAAUGAAGAACAUACUAUCCUUGAGCUAUAAUGAUCUUCCACCACACCUCAAGACUGUCUUGUUGCAUUUAAGUAAUUUCCCUGAGGAUUACGUGAUUGGCAGAGAAAGGUUGGUGAGGCAAUGGAUUGCGGAAGGCUUUAUUACUGAAGAGCGUGGGAGGAGCUGUCAAGAGGUUGCAGAAAGUUAUUUUUACGAGCUUAUCAACAGAAGCCUGGUCCAACCAGUGGACAUUCAUUUUGAUGGGAAGGUGCGAGCCUGUCGAGUUCAUGACAUGAUGCUUGAACUUAUUAUUUCAAAAUCCAUUGAAGAAAAUUUCAUCACUGUGGUGAACGGCAGCCAAACUAUUUGGGGAAAUUCUCAGUGUUCUAUUCGACGAUUGUCGAUCCAGGACAUUAACCAGGAACUUGCAUCUGAAUUGGCAAAGAAAGAUCUAAGCCAUGCCAGGUCUCUUGUAAUAACAACAUCAUGUUGCGUAAAAUACUUGCCAAGUCUUACAAAGUUUGAAAGUUUACGUGUACUAGAUUUUGAUGGUUGCCGGGGCGUGUCGGGGUAUGAUAUGGAUGGUACGGAAAACCUGUUCCAGCUAAAGUACCUAGGCUUUAAUAAAACAUACAUACCGGAGUUACCAUCUGGAAUUGUGAUGCUGCAUGAUCUAGAGACUUGCCGGCUAGAAUUGAUCAGCUCACUAAACUACAACAUAUGAUCAGUGACAUGUAUCUGAGGAAGAUACCAAUGGGGAUUGGAAAUAUGACAAACUUAAGGGAGAUCUCAGGAUUGUGUAUUACCAUGAGUUCAGUAGAUGCAGUGAAGGAGCUAGGGAAUCUGAUCAAUUUGGAG